CGUCGGAGCGCAUGCUCCGUCCUUGGGCUCUUCCCCGGCAGGUUUGGAACCGCGUUGCUGAAGCUGGCUGGCGCGCGCAUGCGCGUCUCCGGGACCUGGUUCUUUCCCCACUGGACAAGGAGAGGCUGGUCUUGGAAUCGAAGCCUGCCGAGCCGGAAGGCGCUGUGCUUUUUCACCUCCGUCUGCUCUGGCGGAAACGCAAGCGGUGGAAGAGAGGUUCCGGGCUUGGCCUCGGCUGGCGGCUGCAGCAUGGACACCCGGGCCGAGGAGGCGGGAGUGACUCGCCGCCCGAUGCUGGCCUCUUCCUGGGAUGCUGCCUGCGGAGCCCUGGCCCGGAGUCUCCAUCUCACCCGGGCUGGUGUCGGCGCCCCGGACUUGGACUGGGAGCAGCUGCUGGCGCCGCCUGACCCGGGCCAAGAUCUGGUGAUUUUGAAAAGAAGCCUCAACAGUGACCAAGAUGAAAACCCCUGCUUCCUUUACCUGAGAUGUGACCCUAACGGAGGUGAAGAAAUCGUUUCUAUUGGCGUUUUAAGUUCCGCAAGAAAUAUGGAAGUAUACUUAGGAGAGGAGUACUGUGGAACCAGUAGGGGCAAGAAUGUUUGUAGUGAUCUGGAUAACAGUGAGCACGAAAUUAUUUUCUACAAAAAAUAUUUAAAAUUGGAGUCUUCCAGCCAUGCUUGUAAAAUAAAGUUGCUCUCCUUUGGUGAAAAGCAGUGCGUGUUCGUCAGUAAAGUUGUGGUACACAUGAGGCGGGUUUCAGCCAGUUCCGCAACAAGCUCUCCUGCUCUAGGAUCAAGGAUAGACCUCCGGAGGGUCCAGACUAUCAUGGCGUCCAUGGGGUCAAAGCUGUCACCUGGAGCUCAGCAACUGAUGGAUGUGGUUAGAUUUCAGCAGCAGAAUCGUAUUCCCAUUGGCGAGCAGCUUCAGUCGGUUUUGGGAAAUCCUGGCUACAGACGUGGGAUUGACCUGCAGUCAUCAUCUACUUCGGGGGCCUUAGACAAGUCCCCGUCCACGCCUUUUCCUUUCAGAACCGGCUUGACCUCUGGAAACGUGACUGAAGACUUGAAAGCUUGCACCGAUCAAAGUCUGCAGCCACCCGGUGGCGGAAAGGCUACGAGCCUCCAAGAGUAUAAAACUGUGUCACCGAGCCAUGUUCUUCUUGAGAAUGACCUCAAAAAUGCAGUUUCUUCUCUCCUACCAAAGAAAGCAAGUGACAACUCGAACAUACCUAACUCUGACUUGCUGCCUUUUCUCCAGAGUUUAUGUAGUCAAGUUAGCCAUCUCCGCGUGGGACGUAACACCAAGUGGCAGGAAACCGUCCCUAAGGCUGGUGAAGACAUUGCUGGUGUUGCCACGGAAGAGCAGCCUGUGUGCUCCUACUUGGAAAAGGUCCUUACUAAAAAUAUGGAACUGAUGGAAAAGAAGCUUGUGGACUACAUUGAUCAGCGGAUACAUAAACUGCAGAAGCACAUAGAUACAAAGAUGGCUUUGUUAAUGGACGUGCUGCAGAGUCCCUGCCCCCCACCCGCCGGGAUGGCCCUCCGACAGUGGGACUCUGGGGAAAGACUUUCAAACGGAGAAAGAUAAGCGCUCGACACGGACCGUGCGCUACAGAUAUUUAUUACGUAUUUAUUAGAAAGCCAAACCCCACAAGUUCGAGGCAAGUAUUUAAUGGCAUUUGAGGAUCACCAUCUUAAGCACGGUGACCUCAGUGUUCAUUUUAGCUCCACGUGUUACUGUGAAUCCAGUACUGUGCGCUGAGAUUUAACAACACGAUAGGAUUAUAAAUUAUUAGCAGUAUUUUUGUUUACUUUUAUUUACUUUUUUAAGUGUUUAAGCUUUUUAAGGAUUUCUAUUGCAAUUCAUGAGUCUGUAUUGUAUAUGUGUUGGAUUUAAGUGCUGUUUUAAUUUAUACCAAAACCUUAUGUUUUAAGGGUGUGAAAAAAAUACAGUAUUUGAUAUAUUUUUCUUUUUCUAAAACUGAGUACUUAAGAAUAACAACCUUUAGUUUCAAUCACAUAAUUACAUUUUAUAUUGUUUAUUUCAGAUAAAAAAUUAGAUGUGAUGUUUCUGCAACAUUAAUUUACAUGGGGCCAUUAAUUUUGCAUUCUGUCAUGUUGGAGGUCUAUGUGGAUAGGAGAGAAAAAUCAGAACUGGCCUUUGUUAAGAUUAUUACUUUAGGUUAGCGUUUGGUGGAAAACGAGUUUGAUCUCACUAAACCCAGAAAGCAUAAGGAACUCUUCUUUUCUGAGCUGAUAGUGGUUCUUCUUUCCAGAGCCCUUCUCUGAUAUGUUUCCAGCGUGAAGCACUGAGGCUCUCACAGAAGGAUUAAGGCCUAUGAAUCAAGGAGCUCGCGGUUCUCUCUGGCAGACGUAAUUUUCAGAAAUGACAAUGAUUUCAUAUGUCUUGAGGGGUGGUAUAUUUGCAUCUAAAAAAUAAAUGCAUCUACUCUGGAAACUGUCUCGAGUAAACAGAAAUAGUUUCAUUUCAUCUAAUAUUCGUUCUACGUGAAAAAGAUGUUUUAUACUCAUUUAACGUUUUGGUGAAUUUAGUUGUUUAAAUAGUGAGAACCAAUACAAUGUUCAUGUACGACUCACUCUGACCUCAGUGACAGGAGGUCUAUGUACCACUUCUAUCAGGCUUUUCCUAAUUUAAUCACCACAUAUGUAGCCAUUAAACAGCAUUUCUUGAAGAAAAAUUUCUUUCAAUGUUUAUUAAUUUUUGAGAGACAGAGAGAGCAGAGGAGAAGCAGAGACAGAGGGAGACACAGAAUCUGAAGCAGGCUCCAGGCUCUGAGCUGUCAGCAGAGCCCGAUGCGGGGCUCGAACUCAUGAACCGAGAGAUCAUGACCUGAGCUGAAGUCAGAGGCUUAACCAACUAAGCCACCCAGUUGCCCCAAACAGCAUUUCUUCCUGCACUCGGGAGAAGGGUGUGUCACUUAAAGCCAAACCCUUUCGUUAACGAUUAGGCAGCUUCUGAUAGUUUCGGUCUGUUCUUUGGCUGGGAAAUCUCAAUAGAGUUACAACUAGAACACCAAGUAUGUCUUAUAAAAUGAUUCCAAUAAUACAAUAUUCAUGAUUAUGGUACUAGAAGUAAUUUAGAAGAGCUUUAAUUCCUGAUUUUCCAUUUCUUAGUUUUUCCAUGUUAAUGAAGGCCUAA